CGGUGGCUUCGGCCGGGAAAGCCAUGGGCCAGGCAGCCAAGGUUUUACAGCUCUUUAAAACAUUGCACAGGACCAGACAAGAAGUUUUUAAAAAUGAUAUCAAAGCACUAAGAGCAGCUAGAAUAAAGAUAAAUGAAAAAUUCAAAAGUAAUAAAAAUGAAACUUCUCCUAAGAAAAUAGAAGAGCUAAUAAAAAUGGGUUCUGACGUUGAACUGAUACUCAGAACAUCAGUCGUACAAGGCAUUAUUCACACAGAACAUAAUACACUGAAAUUGGUCCCAAGGAAAGAUCUUCUUGUAGAAAAUGUACCAUACUGUGAUUCACCAACUCAGAAACAGUGAAUUUUCUAAGAUAAAAGCAAG